AUGCAUCAUCUCCGAACUGCCCAACGGCCCGUUCACAAUUCAAACGAGCUAAUUGGGGGUAAUUCAAGGUCAAACUCGCUAACCACAAACCAAGAACGCAGUGACUCAGUUGGUGGUUUGUUAGUCAUGAGUCACUGUAUUGAACCGGAGAUUCAGUCGCUCGUUAUGCCUGAAGAAACGACAUCAGUCAUCCUCACUAUCAUCAUCAUUAUCAGUAUUCCCUGCGUCAUUAUUACCGUCCCAAAGGGUGCUGUCUCGUCGCCUGAGAGUCAAGGAGCCAGUGCUAACCAGUGCUCCCGCGGCACGGGCACCUUCGGCCGCGUGUGUCUGUGCCGGGACAAGGUGACGUCACAGUACCUGGCCAUGAAGAUCCUGGCCAUCAGCGACGUGAUCCGCCUCAAGCAGGUCGAACAUGUCAAGAACGAGAAAAGCAUCCUGGCCCUCGUCACGCACCCGUUCGUCAUUCAGAUGCACUGGCACCACCGCGACGAGAGGUUCCUGUACAUGCUGUUCGAGUACGUGUGCGGCGGAGAGCUCUUUUCGUAUCUCAGAAAUGCCGGGAAGUUUACGAUGACCACGGCCAUGUUCUACGCCUCAGAAAUUGUGUGCGCCCUCGAGUACCUCCACUCACUGUCCGUUGUGUACAGAGACCUUAAGCCCGAGAACUUACUGCUUGACAAAGAUGGACACCUUAAGAUCACUGACUUCGGUUUUGCCAAGAAGCUCACCGACAGGACGUGGACCUUGUGCGGGACGCCGGAGUACCUCGCCCCUGAGAUCAUCCAGAGCAAAGGGCACAACAAGGCGGUCGACUGGUGGGCGCUGGGGAUCCUCAUCUACGAGAUGCUAGCUGGCUACCCGCCCUUCUUUGACGACAAUCCCUUCGGCAUCUACGAGAAGAUCCUGGGCGGGCGGGUGGAGUGGCCGAGGCACCUGGAGGCCACCGCCAAGGACCUCGUCAAGAAGCUGCUCACUCAGGAUCGCACAAAGCGCUUGGGGAAUAUGAAGAAUGGUGCUGAAGAUGUAAAGAGACAUCGAUUUUUCAAGAACACAGACUGGGAUGAAGUUUACCACAAGAAGUUAAAGCCCCCCAUAGUGCCGAAGGUGAGCUACGAGGGUGACACGCGCAACUUUGAUGAUUACCCCGAGAACAACUGGCGGUCAACACAGGGAGUGUCUGACAUCGAGUUGGCGAUAUUCAGUGACUUCUGAGUGUUACUAGGGAUGUGUGUGUAGUCUGUGAUCAAGGGAGACUCAUGUAAUUAUAAUCCGAGUUACGAAUGUUGUUAAACGGGUCAUGUACAACGAAUAUUUAUUGGUAAUUAAACGUAAUUUUACUUUGUAUAUUAUGUAUGCAUUAUGAUAUGAGAUUUAGAUCUUGAGGAAAAGAAACAUGAAAAGAAAUUUAUAUGUUUAGAAAGAUGAUAACUACAAAAAAAAAAUUACAGAGAAUAGUUUUAUAUUUUGUGACACAUAACAAGGUUGUCUUGUGGAUAUUUUUUUCUCAGCUUUAUCACAGUAGAUUUUGAUGUCAUGUCAUAUCAACACGACCUGAGGAAACCUCACAAGGCAUGAAGCAAACCAGCAUAGCAUUUGGUGGAUCAUAUUCGUUAGGCUUUGUCUGCAAUUUUUUUGCCUCUGUCACUUUUUUUCAUCUUGAUAUAUUUAUUCAACUGUUUUUAUUUUUUUUAAUGUGAAUAACUUUUUUUUUUUUUUAGAUAAGGAGAUUUUAAACCAUGAGAGUUUUCCUUUUUAUUUUCUACUUUUAUCCUGAAUAUCUCAAAGUCAUAUUACUGUCAACAUGAUCUUAGAUAUUUUUUUUCUUCUCAGAUAAGUACAUUUGUCUCAUUUGAUAGAUACAGAUGUUACACAUUCACAACUCACUGCUGUUCAAGAUUCACCAUAGGAAGUAAUGGUUAGCUCUCCUACAUGGCUUGUCCUAAGUGGAGUGUCAGGACUUGAGUUGAAAAUGAGUUUAAGGCAAGCAUAGGCAAACCAUUAGGAUGUUCUCCCAAACAGUCUCAAUUCCCUGGCAUAUAGUUGGCUUACACAAAGGUUAUGGAAUUGUAACUCAUAUGAUAUUUUUUGCUACUGAUGUACCUCUGAUGUGAUCUUGAUGAAAAUUAUUUUGUGCAUGUACUUCUGCCUUGCAUAAGUACUAAUGUCAGGCCCUUGUUGAUGCAAUGAACAAUUGAAUUAUAUUUUGUUUUGUUUUUCAGUGCAAUAUUUAUUUUCUUUUUACUGUGAAAUCAUCAUAAGGUUUAAGGAAGAAAGCAUUUAUGUUGUAGCUAGUGCAAAAAGCUUCCAUUACUAGUAUUUUCAGUAAAACUUUGCCUGCUCAUUCAGUUAUAAGUUUCUUCCAUUCAUUUAUUGUUUAAAGAUUUUUUUUUUGCUUAUUCUGACUGUAUUUUUUUCAAGAAGUUCAGGUUUAUGAGUCCCCCUCCCCCCACAGAUCAGCUAAUGACAUCCACACUUUCAUAGAUAUCCAAAAGACUUUGCAGAUUAGCACACAGCCAAUAAGAAGCUGUUUCUUUUCUGUUCAGUAUGAUAAACCAACUCAGGCUCAUGGAAGAUCAAUUUGGACUUGAAUUUGCAUGGCUGAAUAUAUGUUGUUUCAAGUAUGUACAAUGGCAAGAUGUCAGAGUGCUUCCAGAUGUUAAAUUUGUGAUGCAGAAAAAAGUACAAUAAUAGAGAACUCUUUGUGCCUCAUAUAUCCUGGAAUGUAACUAGUUUCUGCUAAUUACAGUGUGAUUACAAUGCAAGCUUUCGCUCUAUUAAUGUCCAAUUUCCUUUGUCCACAUUUAACCAAGAUCUAAAAAUUUCAAUCUUUCCUAAAAAAUAAACGAUUCUCCACAGCCUUAUGUGUUGUGUGUGUGUGCAGGUUUUCUCCCCAUGUACACACACUCUAAAAAGAGUAUGCACAUAACUCUCAGGGUGACACUUGAUGUAUACACGAUUAUGGCAUGUCAUACCUGAUGUGUAGCUUUGGUCACACCCUUAAUAGGUCCUGAUUGCAAAACUUAUCUAGAGCAUGUAAACAUCUUUUUCACAGUGUGCACAUGUAAAGUAUAUGAUACAUAUGCAUGCAGUGCUUAUUACAGACCCAUUACCAUAGUGCACCAACACAGAUGCCAUCACUCUUGUGUCCAGAAUAUGGUCACAAGAGAUCAUCCAGAGAGAUUAUCCAUUUUAUCCAGAUUACCCAACUGACCUCAAGAGUGGAUUACAUAAUAUAGAUUACACAGACAUCCACUGUCAUGCAUUCACCCCUGUAUAUUAUCAGUCUCAUAAUCUCAUUUGUCAUGAAUAAUAUUUCCUUUUUCCAUUUGUGCAACAGACUGUUGACUCAGGGACAGGCAAAGAAGGGAAGUGAGGUGUUACAAUACAUCAAGAUGUGUCAGCAGUAUAUUUUUAUUUCAUGCUCCCUAAACAUUUUGAAUUGCAAAACCUUUCAAAGGUAGAUUGAUUAACUGCUACUAGGAAUCAUGAAUGGCAUGACACAGGAUGUUUCCAGUGCUGUAGUUUGCAUUUUCUUGUUCAUAUUCUUAAUGUCCAUUCUUCCUCCUUAGUACUAAUUUAUUUGCCAAAAAGAUUGAAAAGGGAUAGGCAAGCAUUUUUGUAAAGGUAAACAUGCCAUUGUUUUUGCGGUUUC